AUGUUACAAUUCAAAUUAGUAUUGUUAGGUGACUCGUCGGUAGGUAAAUCUUCUAUAGUAAAUCGAUUUGUUAAGGAUUCCUUCGAUGAAUUUAGAGAGAGUACUAUCGGUGCUGCUUUCUUAUCGCAAACUGUAACGAUCAAAGAUUCAGAUGCGAAUGGUAAUGAAGCUCAAGAAGUCACUGUAAAGUUUGAAAUAUGGGAUACUGCAGGACAAGAACGUUAUAAAUCGUUGGCUCCAAUGUAUUAUAGAAAUGCAAAUGCUGCUCUGGUGGUAUACGAUAUAACUCAAGCAGAUUCCUUGGAGAAAGCUCGUAGUUGGGUUCAAGAACUGAAAAAUAAAGUAGAUGACGAUUCUUUAGUGAUUUAUCUUGUUGGUAAUAAGAUCGAUUUGGCUACAGAUGACGAUAAAGACAAGAGGGAAGUUGAAGAAAAUGUUGCAAAAACUUAUGCCGAAGAGAACGGUUUACUCUUUAGUGAAGUGAGUGCAAAGAAUGGACAAGGUAUUCAACAAGUCUUUAGAUCAAUUGCAGAAAAAUUAUAUGAUAUUAGAAAAAAACAAGAUGCAACCAAUAAUAUUAAUAUUAAUAGUUCAGCACAACGCGGAAAUGGACCAGUGGAUAUUCAUUUACAAAGACCUUCUACUAACGAUUCCACCUCAUGUUGUAGUUAA